GACGGAGCCAGGGGGUUGCUUAGAUGCCCGCUAUGCGGAUGGCUUAAAGAACCGGAAGCUACAAGCAUAAAUAAGCAAGCGGAGGCCAGGAUUAAGGCACUAAGAGAGGGAGUAGAACAUAAAACUCUCGCCGGAGAAGGUCCGAGAGUGGAACAAGAUAAGGAGAGAAG